AUGAUUUUUAUUACAAAUAACGGUUCCAAAGGCAACACAUAUGCAAGAAGCUUCAUUCUAACUUCUAAGGUCAACUUUCACCAAUCCUCUCUAGUCUCUAAUCUCACCAAAAACUCAUAUAAGAAGACAACACCACCACACAAACAAUUGCACCAACAUCUCAUCUUCUCUCCACCAACAACAAUGCCUCCUUCUUCUCCUUUCCUCUUCCCUCAAACCCAAUCCACAGUCCUCCCAAACCCUUCAACCUUCUUCUCCCAAAACCUCCUCUCAUCUCCACUCCCCACAAACUCCUUCUUCCAAAACCUUGUCAUCCAAAAUGGUUCCCAACCUGAAUACAUUCACCCUUAUCUCAUCCAAUCCUCAAACUCCUCCCUUUCUGCCUCAUACCCACUUCUCUUCUUCUCUGCAGCACUCUUAUACCAAACCUUUGUUCCAGAUCUCACAAUCUCUUCCACUAUCAAAACCUCAAAUCCUCAAAACCAUGUAAUCUCAUCUUACAGUGACCUUGGUGUCACAUUAGACAUCCCCAGUUCCAAUUUGAGAUUCUAUCUAGCCAGAGGAAGCCCUUACAUAACAGCCUCAGUGACCAAACCAACACCACUUUCAAUCACAACAGUUCACUCCAUAGUGUCUCUGUUAUCCGCUGCUGACAAAACCAAGCACACCCUUCAGCUCAAUAACAAUCAGACAUGGCUAAUAUACUCUUCAUCCCCAAUCAAUUUAAAUAAACAUGGAAGCUCUGAGCUUCAAUCUGACCCAUUUUCUGGGGUGAUUCGUAUAGCUGUUGUUCCUGAUUCAACUUCAAACCCUAAGUAUGAAGAAGUUCUUGACAAGUUCAGUUCUUGCUACCCUGUUUCUGGGGAUGCAAAACUCAAGGGGAAUUUCACCGUGGUGUAUAAAUGGCAGAGGAAAAAUUCAGGGGAUUUGCUCAUGCUAGCUCACCCUCUUCAUCUCAAGCUUCUCUCAAAAAACAAGCUUGCUGCCACUGUUCUCUAUGAUUUCAAGUAUAGAAGCGUUGAUGGUGACCUUGUUGGUGUUGUUGGAGAUUCAUGGGUGUUGGAAGCUGAGCCUGUUCCUGUAACAUGGCAUUCUAACAGAGGAAUCAAAAAAGAAUCUUAUGGGGAAAUUGUUUCAGCACUUUUGAAAGAUGUGAAGGAGCUGAAUUAUUCUGCAGUGGCAACAAAUUCUUCUUAUUUUUAUGGGAAGCUUGUUGGAAGAGCUGCAAGGUUUGCAUUGAUAGCAGAAGAAGUUUCUUUCCCAAAAGUGAUUCCAAAGAUUGUCAAGUUUCUGAAGGAGAGUAUUGAGCCAUGGUUGGAUGGAACAUUCAAAGGAAAUGGCUUUCUCUAUGAGACAAAAUGGGGUGGGCUUGUUACUCAACAAGGGUCCAAAGAUGCAGGUGCUGAUUUUGGGUUUGGGAUUUACAAUGAUCACCAUUUCCACUUGGGGUACUUUCUCUAUGGAAUUGCAGUUCUUGCAAAGAUUGACCCUGCUUGGGGACAGAAAUACAAGCCCCAAGCCUAUGCACUUGUGAAUGAUUUCAUGAACUUGGGACAAAGAUACUACACUUUCUCUCCGCGGUUACGGUGUUUCGAUCCUUACAAGAUGCACUCUUGGGCCUCGGGGUUAACCGAGUUCGAAAAUGGGAGGAAUCAGGAAAGUACAAGUGAAGCUGUGAAUGCUUACUACUCAGCAGCAUUGAUGGGUCUAGCGUACGGCGACACACGUCUAGCUACCACUGGAUCAACACUCACGGCACUGGAAAUUGGUGCUACACAAAUGUGGUGGCAUGUGAAAAAGGAACAAAUUUUGUACCCAGAAGAAUUUGCAGAAGAUAACAGAAUUGUGGGGAUUCUUUGGGCUAACAAGAGAGACAGUAAUCUAUGGUGGGCUCCUGCUGAGUGCAGAGAAUGCAGGUUAAGUAUCCAAGUUCUACCAUUGUUGCCUGUUACUGAAUCUUUGUUCUCUGAUGCUGGUUAUGCUAAGGAGCUUGUGGAGUGGACAUUGCCUUCUUUGAAAAGCAAAUCAAAUGUAGAAGGGUGGAAGGGGUUUACCUAUUCCUUGCAAGGGAUUUAUGAUAAGGAAAUAGCAUUGAAGAGUAUAAGAAUGUUGAAAGGUUUUGAUGAUGGGAACUCAUACAGUAAUCUGUUGUGGUGGAUUCAUAGCAGAUAAGAGUAGUGAUGUGAAGAAUUUUUUGGACAAGUUCAAUUGUUCAGGCUCAUAGAAAGAAUCUUGCAAUCUGAUGCUUCAAUUUGACAAUUUAUUUAUCAACAUUUUUAAUGUCAUGUGAUUUAUGAAAUUAUUUAUACCUUAUCAUGAUAGUUAUGGUUAUCAUGGUGGCUUAAAACUGGAGUUUGGGAUUUUCUUUUGUGUGUGAAGAAAUUGCAGUUUAGUGUAUUUUUCAACUGCUCUAGAAGUUAACUUCUCUACAAUUUUUAAUAAUGUUUCUAGCUCAA